UACAUAGGUACAUUGCAACUUAAUAUAAAGCUUGUAAAUACAACUUUUUGCUCAGGAACGGAGUAAGACUCGUGCAGAGGAAGUUCGCGCAAGGUGUACCCAUUCCAGCGAGCAGCAUCAGCGUCGCGCCUACACCGCCGGAGCGCAAACCGGACCCACCUUACUCUCCCAAAAAUGUCUACCACAACAACAUGUCCGCUCGGAACCUGCUCGACAUUGUGUCUAUUCAAAACAUACACAAACACAAGCAAGAACCACUCGUGGUGCUCGAACGUCUUCGAGACGACGAGAUACCGUCGCCCGUCUUGCCGAACGGACGGUGCGUCCGACCAAGGAUCCGGGUGCCCUUGAGACGCCGGAAGGUCAAGGGCAACAAGGGCAACAUGUGCCUGAGGUCAGGCAAGCGCAAGUCCACUGAUGCCGGCAAGGGGCCCACUAAGAAACGAAAGAAGCUGUCCUCGGAGUCCACGGACGACAUACCGCUCGUCUACUAUUUCAACAACCGGCCUGCCAAGCCGCAUAAUAGACAGCACAGACAGAAGGACAUCACAGUUACAGACAAAAAACAAAAAGCGCCAGUCAGAGAGAAACGUACGCCAGCACCAAAGAAAACGGUCACCAAAGAGCGAAGCGACUCCACGGUUGACAAACCACCUUCAAGGGCAGAGUCCAAAGCUCGGCAGCUAAAAAAAGGGCUACCGAAGGACGCACGCUGGUCCACGCUCCGCUCGGCGCGAGCGCCCUCUGAGACCCGAAGCAUAGUGCGACGUCUGCGUAACAAAGUGCUACUAGGUAAGCCCAUUUAUUUAUUUAUUCGUAUGGCAAAAAUACAAUCGUUCAUUCAUAUGAAAUAUAGGUAGAUAUAUUUAUUACGCCCAAUUGCUGGAUCCAUUGGGUGACAUUGUUGUCUAAGGUGAACAAGUCCACUGCUGGGUUGCCCUGGUAUUUGGUGAGUGGGCAUUCGCGCAUAAUAUGGUCAGCUCCACAAUCGCAUGCUGGCGACUCUCUCCAGCCACAUCUGUGUAGGAACUCUCGACAUCCACCCCAACCGGUUCGUAAUCGAUUUAACUGGCACCAACUUCGUCUGGGUAGUGAGAAACCUGUUGGUUUUUCUGUAGGGUUGAUGUUUGUCCCUAGGUUGGUAGGCAAGUUCUCAUUCCAUUCUUGAGUCCAUCUCUCAUUAAUGCUGAAGGGGGUGUUUAAAAGUAUUGAGGCAGUUUUAUGUGGCGGUAAGCCCAUUCCAGCUCUGGAACGCUCUACCUCUGGAGGCAGAGCCAGUCACUGGCGUUGCUAAAAGGCAAAUUAAAAACUUUCGACUUGAAAGGAUUCAGCAAAUUUUUUGUAAGGAAAAUCUGGCGGAAGAUUCUGGGACCUAUCAGAGAUGAAGAUGGAACUUGGAGGCAUAGGAAGAAUAGGGAGCUAGAGGAGCUGGUUGCGAUGCCCAAUAUAAUUGGCGAGAUCAAAGCCACACUCCGCUGGCUCGGUCACCUAGAGAGGAUGGGAGAGGAUCGUGCCGUGAGAAGAGCGUAUGUGGGGCACCCGGGUGGAAAACGUCCGUCUGGGCGUCCCAGAUACCGCUGGAGUGACGAAGUCCUAAAAGACCUGUUCGCCCUCGGAAUACCCAACUGGCGUGAAGUGGCGCAGGAUAGGGCAGAGUGGCGCUCUCUUGUGUCAGAGGCCAAGAUCCUGUUUGGGUCACUGAGCCAGUGAAGAAGAAGAAGUCCCUUGAUUAUAGAACCGGCCGCUAUAACUGAUUAUUUUUCGUCAGCAGCUAGACAUAGUCUCCCUCCGUUGGAGAAAAUCUUCUUUUCUCCAACAACUUUUCUCCUGCAUAUCUAGAUGUUUUAUUUUUAUUUAAAAUGAUUAGAAAUCACAUAAGAUUCUAACCUUUUGUUAGAUAGCGUUUCCUUCAAAAUUUCUCGGUCCCACUCACCUAAACCUACACUAUUUCCUCCUGUGGCACACAGUAUGCUAAAAACUCUUUCUUUAGGCGCACUUGUAAUUUGUAUAAUGAAUCUCUUAACGAUAUAGAUAUUUUUGCUCAUAGUUUGUCCGUGUUCAAGAACAAAGUUCGGCAAUUUUUGUCGUUGAUGGUAAGUAUCGCAGGUGGGGACCAACAGAGGGUUACUACUUACUUACUCCGUUGGCUCAGCGACCCAAAAUGAGACUUGGCCUCCGACACAAGACAGGGCCACUUUUCUCGGUCCUGUGCGACCUCUCGCCAAUUGUCGACUCGAAGCUCGCGCAGAUCCGCCUCCACCAUGUCGCUCCAGCGAUACCUAGGGCGUCCGAUAGGACGUCCUCCUGCUAGGCGACCCAGGUACGCUCUUUUCACGUUCCGAUCUUCGUCUAUUCUCUCAAGGCGGCCCAACCAACGGAGUCUGUGGGCUUUACUUUCUCCCAUGAUAUUAGGUUCAGCCACUUGGUCUUCAAUCUAACGGUUCUUAAGGACUGUCCAACUUCCAUCCGGUCCUCGUUUGGGGCCCAGUAUUUUACGGAGGAUUUUCCUCUCGGCAACUAGCAGCAUGUUUUCUUCCUUGAGUGUUAGUGUCCAUGCUUCAUAGGGCAUAAAGAUUAGGAUCCAGAAUACAUUGCGAUGCAGUGCAGCCCUUCACAAGGUGUUAGUGUCCAAGCUUGUAAGCAGACGCAUCAAGAUCCGAAUCUAUGAGACCGGCUAAAACUCAUUUUUUCCUAAAAAAAUCGACAUUCGAAGUUUUAUAAUAUCUUAUCUCUAAAGUUACACAUAAAGACAGGUAUUUUUUUAGGAAAACUUGAGUUGUAAGCAGAUAUAACAAAACACGUGCUCAUUAUUUUUUGCUGCUUUCAAACAUAUACUCAAACCAGCCAUUAACUAGCAAGUUGCUUGAGCAUCACUUUCUAUAGGAGUUAGAAGAUUUAGUAACUUUUUAGUACUUUGAAGGCCAUUUUCUCCUAACAGGUUGAGUUUGGGCAGCUAAAAAAAAUACGUGUCCGUUAUUUCAGACUACUCUAUAACAUAUAUCAAAAUGAAUCAAAUCGGAACCGGACAGUUGGGUACCCUUCCUUGUUAGGUAGGUAUUUUCGUUGGUGGCGGUCAAGUUGGUCCCCGCCUGCGAUACUUACCAUCAGCAACAAUAUUCUUGUGGGCCUUGUUUUCAUCUUUUUAGUGCAGUCGGGUUUUUUGUUUUUCUAUAAUAAUAUUUUAUUUUAUGAUAAGCAGUUAUAAUUUUGUUUUAAAUGAAUUUCUUGUACAAUUUCCAUGCUGAUAUUUAAAUCCUCAAUCCAUAAAUAGCGAUACUUUUACCUGAAUUAUUAAUUUAAAGUAUUCAAGAAAUAAUAUAGAACGUUAAAUAGGUGCAUAUCGUCGCCGUAGAGCGAAAAGUCACCAAAUCGUUCAUUGGUCAUUUUGAGUUAUGAGGGUUUAAAAAAAUAAUAAUUAAAUUUUUUUUUACUGAAAUUAUCUUAAGAUAAAAUUGUGGUUUUAUAUGUGUUUAUUCAUUAUAAUAUAACUAAAAUGACUUAGGUACGCUCAUAAAUAAGUUACAAGAAGUUGAAAAAUGUAUAACGGAAUUAGGUAUUUUUCGACUAAAAUAUUGAAUCCGAAGUGAGUUUUUAGUUACUUCUUUAACUUUGUAAAAUUGAAACUAUGAUCGCUAUUGCUACCGCAAUAAGACUGAAAUUUGGAGAAAAAAAAAUGCGAUUUUGAUGACAUAUAUAAGUCAAUUUUGGCCAUUUUGUGAUUUGGUGACUUUUCGCUCUACGGCGACGAUAUAUACUUUACUCACUGAGUUCGAGCGCCCAACUAGACUGUAAUGAUCAUCCCCUUUCAUCCGUUGGUAAACAAUGCACUAUACAUUCAUUCCAAUAAGGUUUCCGAUGCGAUAUAUACUUAUAUAUAAUACGCAUGGCGUACAAAGGAUCAAACGAAAACACUUUAGUGUUAGAUUGUGUUUAUAAAAGCAUUUUGAUUGCACGAUAGUGCACACGUUCGUGUUUACAUAGCCCGGAAUAUCAAACAGGGGACCGUGAGGGAACUUAAUUAAUUCAAGCCUAUAGUGGCACUUUGAAUGGCGGACACGUACGGAAAUCAUUUUUCUGAAACCUGUAAUGAAAUGUUGACAUGACUUACUUCAAAUUAGGUCCGGAAAUACUACAUAUCAGGUGCGAUGAAUGAUGAUAUGUAAAGGAAUUUCAUACAGCCUUACACACCUAGGCCUGUAAGGCAACCUUCUUUUGUUUUUAAACGUCAAAUUAUGGCACGUCUUGGCAUUCAACCGUAAAAAACCUAUAAGCAAAAUUCUGCCAGUAUGCUUUUUUUUGUGUUUUUUUUUCUUUUUUGUGUUUGUUAAAUAUUACUUCGGGGAUUCAAAGGGAAACAAAAAUUUCAUAUUUUUUGCGCUUUGACGCACGGUUUAGGAGAUACAGCCCCAAAAAGUUUUAUUUUUUUCAGUCAUUCAGAAAUCUUUAUAGGGCUGUAUCUCCUAAACCGUGCGUCGUAGCGUAAAAAUAAUCAAUUUUUCGUUUCCCUUUCGGUAUCAACAAAAAACGCAAAAAAGAAAAAAAAAGAAAAA